AUGGUUAAAGUAACAGUUUGUGGAGCUGCUGGUGGUAUUGGUCAACCAUUAUCAUUAUUAUUAAAAUUAAACAGUAAAGUAAGUGAAUUAUCAUUAUUCGAUGUUGUUAAUGUUCCUGGGGUUGGAGCUGAUUUAAGUCAUAUUUGUUCAGAUUCAAAAACUCAAUCAUUUUUACCAUCAUCAAGAGAAGAUAAAACUGCAUUAGCUGAAUCAUUAAAAGGUUCUAAUUUAGUUGUCAUCCCAGCAGGUGUUCCAAGAAAACCUGGUAUGACAAGAGAUGACUUAUUCAAUAUUAAUGCUGGAAUCAUUAAAGGAUUAGCUGAAGGAAUUGCUGAAAAUUGUCCUGAUGCUUUCGUAUUAGUUAUUUCAAAUCCUGUUAAUUCAACAGUUCCAAUUGUUGCUGAAACUUUAAAGAAAAACAAUGUUUAUAAUCCUAAGAAAUUAUUUGGGGUUACUACUUUAGAUAUUGUUAGAGCUAAUACUUUCAUCAGUCAAUUAUUCCCAAGUGACACUAAACCAACUGAUUUCAAUAUCAAUGUUAUUGGUGGUCAUUCAGGUGAAACCAUUGUUCCAUUAUAUUCAUUAGGUAAUUCUGGUGAUUAUUAUAGUAAAUUAUCAUCUGAAGAAAAAUCAAAAUUAAUUAAUAGAGUUCAAUUUGGUGGUGAUGAAGUUGUUCAAGCUAAAAAUGGUGCAGGUUCAGCUACAUUAUCAAUGGCUUAUGCUGGAUAUAAAUUAGCUGAAUCUAUUUUAAAAGCUUUUGAUGAACCUGGUGUUAUAGAAUGUACUUAUUUAAACUUAGAUUCUUCAAUCAAAGGUGCUGCUGAAGCCAAAAAAUUAGUUGGUGAUUUAGAAUUCUUUUCAUUACCUGUUGAAUUAUCAAAAGAAGGUAUUAAAGAAGUUAAAUAUGAACUUUUAACUAAAAUUAAUGAAGAUGAAAAGAAAUUAUUAUCUGUUGCCAUUGAUCAAUUAUCUAAGAAUAUUGAAAAAGGGGUUAAGUUUGUUAAUAAUUAG